AUUCCAGAGAUUCGACUCCGAUUUUUAGAUCAGAACUUAGAUCGAUAGUCAAUCGAGUCCAAUAUUCAAUUUAACACAAAACGUUUACACAAAACUCCUGGUUGCAUAAACUAAAAACAGGAUAGUAACUGAUUAUUGUAAAAUAAAUGAGAAUGUUAUAAGUCACUAUAAGUGUAAUAGACAACAGUAUGAUAUAAUGUAAACUAUAUAAAUAAUAAAUAACCGUAUUAUAUAAAUAUCAAUUAAUCUUGACGUUUAAUAACUUAAUACCCUACCACUUCAGCAUUCUUUAUAACCGACAUUUUAGUUAGCAGUGUACUUUGGAGAGUAAAUGAUAUCCACGAUAAGUCAUUUUGCGCGAACCUUAAGGAAAAGUGUGGAAUCGACUCUUUGAAGUCCACACUCGAUUCCCAGUUAUUGGAAACGGAGAAUCGACUCUUUGAUGUCCACACUCGAUUCCCAGCUAUUGGAAAAUGAGAAUCGACUCUUUGAUGUCUACACUCGAUUCCCAGUUGUUGGAAACGGAGAAUCGACUCGCUGAGUUCGGCUCCUAUCCCUAUGUUACCAAAAACGAACCAGCCAGCUCUGGAUGGAGGAUGUUUUCUGCUGCCUGUGAAUAAAACAGUACUGUUUCUGAGGCUGUAUUCUGUUUCUCUUGAAGACCGUAACCAUGUCUACAGAGGAGCUGCUGUCAGUAGAUUAUGAAGUGUAUGGGAAGGUCCAGGGAGUAUUUUUUCGAAAAUAUACUCAGUCUGAGGGGAAGAAACUGGGUUUGGUUGGCUGGGUGCAGAAUACUCGGGCUGGAACGGUACAGGGUCAGCUCCAAGGCCCUGCGUCCAAAGUCAGACAGAUGCAGGAUUGGCUCAAGACCACCGGCAGUCCACAGUCCCGGAUCUUAAAAGUUGAUUUCAGUAAUGAGAAGAAAAUCGAAAACAUGGACUUCAAGGAUUUCAAAGUUGUCCGCUAGUCACAGUGCACUAAAUGAAUGGACUUGUGAUGUGAUAUGAAUUCUAAUUUUAUUUAAAGAUAUUUAAGAUAAGCUAUUUGUCUGUUACACUGAUAAUGCACUCCGAGGAAGGGAUAAGCUGUACCUAACGUGCAGUAAUAAAUCGUACACAUAACAAAAAAUGCA